AUCAAUGAUUGACCUAUCCUAAUGAUUACUUAAUGGUCUAAGUUUAUGUAUGUAUUUGUGACUUAUAAUGAACAUAUUGUGUUAAAACACCAGUAACAGAGGUUGAUGGACAUUUUAUAAUCAUUUAGACCUCUUGUAUCUUUUCAACACCCUUUUUGGGAUUUUUUGGGGUAAAUCAACGAACCGUAGUUCCCGCUUAGCCAUGAGUGAGAAGCGGCACAUUCAACUUCAAAUACGAUGUCAACGGUGUUCGCGUCAACAGCCGGAAUAGCAACAGCUGUUUUUUUAGUAGGAAGCUUUUUAUGGUUUAAUAAACCCGCUGAUUAUCAUGAUGAAAGUGUAAAAGAAACUGGUUCGAACAGCCUAGAUUCAACAAAUUGCAAUGAUGAUUUGACAAAGUGUGUUAAAGAUGCUGUAAAAAGUGAGUUUCAGAAAUACAGGAAGGAAAAUGAAGAGACAAGUGACCUUCAGAUAUAUAAGAAGGGAGAAGUAGAACAAGUGCUUUCACCUGAACAGUUGAAUGCAUUAGUUGAAGAAAAAGUGGAGCAGGUAAUUGAUAAAUAUUUGGCAAACCAACAAAACAAAUAUAUUGCAGACCUGCAAGACAAAAUAGACAAUCUGGAAAAAAAAGUAGAUCUAAGGAAGAAUGAAGUUAAAGAGAAAUCCAAAACGGUUCCUGAACAUUUUGAGAAUGAUUAUUUGGAAAGACUGCUGAAACUGGAGAGUUUUAUGCGAGAGAAAGAAAAGGAUUCAAACCCAAAUGUGAAUUAUUUUGAAAACAUAAUUGACAUUUUAUCAUCAACUGCAUCUGGAAUCAAGGAACUUUACAGUGUUGCUAAAGCACAGGCUUAUUCAAGUUGGUCAAAUAUCACAAAUGUAGCUGUUGUUGAGUACUCUAAACAAAAUGUGUCAGCUGGACAAUCAGUAGUUAUAACAACAAUUGUCUUCCUUAUAUCAGCCAUAUUGGAGUUGUUUUGUUGUAUCUGCAUUUGUCGAUGUUUAUCCAGAUGGUGUCGAAGGAAAAGACAAUCAGAAUCCUCAGCUAGUGGACAAAAUAUAUCAGGGGGUGCUAAAAAAGGCACAUUACCACAACAAGAAGAAUUAAAGAGAUCCUAUCAAAAGCUAGAAAACUCAUUGUGUGUCAUCAGUUUUUCUGAGGAGUAUGUUAACAGUUACCACUUGCAACUAGCAAAGUCAUUGACAGAAUACAUGUAUCAAGGAAAACAUGGUGAACUUAGUCACAUCAAGAAAGUAACCAUCACCAAACCAGAUAAUCUCAACAGCGUCCCUCGCUCCAAGGUCUUCAUUGUAUGUGUGGACUACAAUGAAAGGAACGAUAUACUAGAGCCCUACUCUCCCAACAAAAGCACUUUUUUAGUCAGAAGAUCAACUGUGCGCAGCCUAAUGGACAGCAAAGCUCUUGUAAUUUUGGUGUAUUGCCUGGAAAAGUCUUCCGAAAAUUUAGGUCCUGGUAAUCGGUAUGCUUAUAAACUGCAUAGUAAAAUUGUUGCUGUUGAAGAGACAAAAGAAUUGGACGAAAAAAAUUGUAUUUUUAGUGUGUACAAGAAACUGACCACGUUUCAGUUAGGAGCAUUGAAGCAGACUGUUGGCGAAUACUUAAAGAAGUUAGAGGAAAUUGUUAGCUGAUUAUUUGAAAUUGUUAGCUGAUUAUUUAUUAACACCAAAUUGUGUUCAGUAAUUUCCUAGUCCUGCCUCAAGCCUAAGUUAGCAUGGUCACGAUUUGAGCUAAAAUGUACAAAUUUUAAAUUUCCUUUAUUGAUGCUUGGAGUGCUUCAUUAGGGCCUUAGAUCAAGUUUGGUCAACCAAAGUUUAACUGCCAAACGUCGAGUUCGAAGCAAGCUAAAGAGCUUACAAUUUUUUGUUGAGUUUAAAGACCACAGGCAUGCCUUUUUUUACAUAAUGAAUGCUGAAUAGGAAAAAAACAAGAUUUCAGACAAAUGUGAAUGGUUGGAGCUCAACUUUUAUUAGUAUAUUGAACAAAUGUAAAAAAGAAAAAAAAACCAGGAUAGGAGCCUUGUUAACUAAAAAAAAUUUGUGAGCAACGCACCUUGCAUGUAUCUUGAAAACUUUAAUUUUGACAGACUAUUGAAAUAUUUCAGUAAAACAUUGUAAAAAUAAAAAAUAAAAAAAUAAAAUUUGGAAAUUUUCUGCUUGAAUUGUAACCGUACCAACUAAGCUGGAGACAGGUCUAGGGUUGGUCAUAUAGUGUCAUAGAUAGUUUUUAUGUUAAAUUUUUAAAUACAAAUUUUAAUGUAAAAUGAAUCUUUGAAAACCAAAUAAUGAAAUCUAUUGUGAGGCAAGAUUUUUUUUCCAAUACCUCAAACUCUCGUACUCAAAUAAAACUAUUUUUUGUUGCUUUGCGUUAUGCUCUAUGCUCAUUCUGCAAAUUUCUGUUGGUUUUUUUGGUCAAAAUUGUUACGAUACAUUUUUUUUUUAUAUUUAUUGACUGUGUUGUGAUUUUCACACUCAUUUCAAUAUCUUUAUAUUUCCAUUUCUGUUACCAUGGUGUUUACUUAAAGCUGCAUGGUCCGAUUUUUUUGCUAUAAUAGUACUGUAUCAAAUGAUUUUCCAUACAAACCAAUGAUCUUAAAAAGUUAUAGACUUUCGCCUAUUUACACCAAAAGAAUCGAUCUUCUCUAAAAGUUAUAAAUAUUCAAAUUAAAUAAAAAUACUUUCAUAUGGGCAUACAAAAAAAAAUACAAAAAACAAACCAAAAUGCAGUUUGGGAAUGUUUAGGAAAGAAAACCGUUUGGUUUCGUUCCCUAAAUGUUUGGGUUUAUUCAACCCGGAUGAUAUGCAUCGAUCAAAAACAAAACAAACUGCAGAAAUAAUAGUGAACAACAUGACCAAAGUUAAUUUUUUUUAUUUGCCAGUACACUACCAUAUUUAGACUAUUGAAACGAUGUCAAAAUCGUAAUAAACAAUUAUCCCCGUCACGACGUCGGGGGCGAAUUUAUAAUAUAAGGCAAAAUAACGCAAUCGCCCUUAUAUGUCGUUUGUUUUGUUAGAAAAAUGUGUAACUUUUUUCAUUGAAAUAUGGCUUAAUCGACCAGGAAAACUAAUGCAAUGUCAAUAAUUAUACACAUGCUUAGCAUAAUCAUCGUUUAAAAGCGUAGACAACAUUUGCUAUUAAGUCGGACCAAGCAACUUUAACUAUUUAGGUUCAAUUAUAAUUCAUAGAUUUAUCAUUUAUGUCGUAGCGCUUCUCUUAGAUUUGUGUCUUUUAAAUUGAAUAGUUUGAAAAUUCUGUUUUAUGAAAGUAAAAAACCAAUUUGAAGAUGGUGUAAAAAAAUUUAACGUUUAAAUUACAGAGAACCCUGGGUCAAGAAUAGACCACUUUUUUUUUGUUGGGGGAGAGGUGGUUGAAUCUAGUUUGGCAAAGUAAACGUUUAAUAUUAUUGCUAAGAUGAGUAAUACGACCCAUCGACUACUUGUUUAAUAAGUUCAAAGUGACUACAAUUCGGUAAGAAUUCUGAAAACCAUCAACGUUAAGAAGAAAAAAUAAAUGCAUUUUAACACGCAAGCUUUCAUUUUAAGGUACACAUAUUCUUGAUGCAUUUUCUUUAAUUAGAAAUUGUUUUACAUUCUUUUUUUAAAAUGUAUUUUUCUUGGCAUAAUAAAAUUGUUGACGUCAUGAUAAAUAUAGGCAUAUUAUCCCUGAAAAUGGAGUCACGUUGGUUUUGUUGUUUUGGAUUUUUUUUAAUUUUUGACUUGAUAAUGCAUGUUUCUUUUACAUGUAUUUACUGUAUUUUAUGUGGAUUAUAUAAAAUUACAUUUUCUUUUCUUUUUUUAUAUAUAUUUAAAUGUGCAUUUUUGUUGCGCACACAGCAGCAAUUUGUUUAAACUGCACAGGAUGAAGCUCUGCCAUUCAGUCAACUUAAUGUUAACUGAAUGGUCUGAAAAGGUGACUGAAUGGCAUAGCUAUGCCAUUCAGCCACCUUUUAGUUACCUUUCAGUCACCUUUCAGUUGACUGAAUGGCAGAGCUACAUCCUGUGCUGCUUUUUAAAUUAUUUUUAGCAUUUUAAUGUGUUGUUUUGUGGAGCUCAAACGUCUUUUUGUUUAAUAAAAUUACUUAAUUUGUAUGUCCCAUUUUAUCAUUAAAACUUAUUUCCCUUUAUAGGAUUUAUCUUAAUAACGCUUUCGUUGUUUUCUUUUCUGAAUGACUUUCUUUAGCAAUGCAUGGUAAGCGUGAAAAUAUUUGUAUAAUUUCAAAACGAUUCCGAUGUUCUCUAAUAUGUUGACACUAUACUAAUUACAUUAAGGUAUCCGAUCCAUAUUAGGACCAAAUUUUUCAAACCUUGAUGAUCCGUCAUGUAUUUAAUAUUUUGAUAAUUAUUUAAAACAUUUACGAGUAGAAAAGGAUUUACCAUGAGAAAUUUUCAAAAAUAUUAUUAACUAAGCAGUAAUUAAUUAAUGAAGAUUGCAUUAAGGUCUAUGGAGACUAUCACCUUUUUUUUAAAAUAAAAAAGUAAUAACUAGGAAUAUCAAAAAAUGUAUUUUAUCAUUAGGAAUACAAAAACUAUAAAAUUUAAAUUUUAUACUGUGUAGAUUGUUUUAGAAUUAAUUUUUAUAGAAUAAAACAAAGGGGGAAAACUUGUCAAAAAAAAAAGAAAAGGACAUUAAUUAGGACACAUUCCACUCUUACAUAUUGAUACCUAAAUAGGAAAAUUAUGUCCAAGUAUAGUGAGUAUUAAGCCAAUACAUAUCUGUUAUGCACCCAGAUUUAUUGAAUCUGAGGCAAUUAUGGAUCGGAUACCUUAAAAUUUCAAAACAUGUUUAAAGGUUUAACAUCCACAUAUUUGUAAUUUUAAGGUAUUCAAUAUAUAAUGAGAUUUUGAACAAUUUUGUAUCAUUCUGAUUUAGUUAAAUAUGUAUUGCUAGAUAACAAUGAAAGUGAAAUGAACCAGUUUUACACGUGAGGCGGAUCAUUUUGCACAAGACUUUUUAAAAGAGUUAUCUUGCCCAAGGUCAAUUUAAUUGAGUGAGUGAAAUGGGGGUAAACAUGUUCAAAAAG